ACCAUUGUUUUGAGCAAUAACGAAAAUGGCUUCUGCUCAGUUUCGCCCACCCACCACCGCUUUCACCCCUAGCUUGUGGGCUGAGAAUUUCACUACCUUUACAUUCGAUCAUAAGCUGCAGAAUAAGUAUAGUGAGGAUAUUGAAGCUCUGAAGAAAGAAGCAGCAAUCAUUCUGACGGCUGCAACUUCGUCUGAACUGAUUGUGUUAGUCGACAAACUCGAGCGGUUGGGAUUGGCUCAUCAUUUCGAAACCGAAAUCGAAGGAAAGCUCCGACAAGUCUACGAUGAUUCCGGUGUAGACUACGAUCUGUUCACUACCGCCCUUCGAUUUCGCUUGCUCAGACAACAUCAUUAUCAUGUAUCUUGCAGUGUUUUUGACAAAUUUGUUGAGGAAGGCAACAAAUUUAAGGAAAGCCUUUGUAACGAUGUUGAGGGGCUUCUAAGUUUGUAUGAAGCCGCUCAUGUGAGGAUUCACCAUGAAACUAUUUUAGAUGAAGCACUGGAAUUUACGAUUCCUCACUUGAAUCGUGUGUUGCCCGAAUUAGAGUCUCCCAUGAAGGAGAAAGUGGAGCAAGCUCUCCAACUCUCCAUUCAUCGGGGGCUUGCAAUCUUGACCGUCCGUUUUUACAUUUCCAUGUAUGAAUCAACGGAUGAUGAUCCUCUCCUCGUGAAACUAGCCAAAUUGAACUUCAACUUCUUGCAGAACAUGUAUAGGAAAGAGCUCUCCGAACUUUCUAGGUGGUGGAAUAAAUUUGAGCUUAAGGCGAAAUUGCCAUUUGUAAGAGAUAGAGUAGUAGAAUGCUAUCUUUUGGGAACAACAUAUGGUUAUGAAGCUGAAUACAGUUGCAUUCGAAGAGAUGUUGCCAAAAGUGUGCUAAUGGUUACUGUUAUAGAUGAUAUCUAUGACAACUAUGCUUCACUUGAAGAAGCUCAACUUUUUACUCGGAUAUUGGAGAGGUGGGACAUGGAUGAGAUUGAUGUACUCCCAGAUUACAUGCAAAUUGCAUAUAAAUUUAUUAUGACCAUCUUUCAAGAAUACCAACAUGAAGCAGCCAAACAAGAUAAACUAUUUGCAGUUCCUUGUUUCAUAGAAACAGUGAAACAACUUGCUAGAGCUUACAAUCAAGAGCUGAAGUGGGUUAUGGAAGGGGAAUUGCCUUGUUACGAAGAAUACAUGAAAAAUUCAGUGAUCACAAGCUGCAUUUAUGUGAUGUCUACAGCUCUAAUCCCCACAAUGAAAUCUUUCAAUCAAGAAGCAACUAAAUGGCUGCUAAGUGCCCCAAAAAUAUUAACUUCCACUGCUACAUUAGGAAGGCAAUUGCAGGACAUGGCCAGCCAUGAACGCGAGAAUAAGAAGGGAGAAUUGCCUACGGUGGUGGAUUGCUAUAUGAAAGAUAAAAGCGCAUCGAAGCAAGAAGCGCUUUCCAAAUUUAUGGAAUUAAUUGAGAUUGGAUGGAAGGAUGUGAACGAAGAAUUGGUGAAGAUAAAAUGUGUGCCUAAAAAAGUAGUGGAUAAAGUUGUAAACUUUGGUAGGAUAGCAGAAGUGCUCUACAAGAACAAAGUGGAUGGCUAUACCUAUCCAGAGAAGCAAUUGGUAUCACACAUUGCUAAUCUCUACAUCAAUUUGUUACUCGUUUAA